UGUCACCAUCACAAAGUUAGUGUUCAGUAUUCACCAUGAAGCUAGAGAUUUGUCUGAUCCUCGGCAUGACAGUUUUCUGCGUAUCGACAGCUGAUUUCUCUCCUCCAGUGGUAAACAUCAGUCUGGACGUGCCUGCAUAUCAGCGAUGGACUCCUCUGAAGAACCUCUAUGACAUCGAUUUCUUGAGAAAAGCCGCAUCUGAAGUGAUCGACUCAACUGUUCCCAAAUGGGUUCAUGAUGCAGUUAAACCGAUAGUGAACGCUCUGGAGAAAUACAUCCCACAGCCGUAUGCUGGAGAAAUACAGGGCAUGGCAUCCUUCUAUGGCACUGACAUUGCAGAUAUUGUGCUGUUGAACUUUGCCUAUGAAGUAUCUGCCUUUUGCACCAGUAUUGUAACUCAGGAUACAAAGGGCAAUAUAUACCAUGGCAGAAACCUGGAUUAUCCCCACGAUGUGCUCAGAAAUCUUACUCUAGAUGUACUUUUUAUUAAAAAUGGAAAGGUGGCAUACAGAGGAACCACUUUUGCUGGUUAUGUUGGGCUGUGGACAGGACAGAGCCCCAACAAGUUUACAGUGUCUGGCAACGAACGCAAUAAGGGACAUUGGUGGGAGAAUGUAAUUUCAGCAGUUUUAUUAAAAAGUUCUCCAGUUAGCUGGCUAGUGCGAGAGACUCUUGAAGCAGCUGUGGAUUUCCAGGAUGCAGUAUUGAGACUGGCCAAGGUGCCGAUAAUUACAGAUGUUUAUUACAUUUUGGGUGGUGUUCAUGCUGGUGAGGGUGUGGUCAUAACCAGAGACCGGAGCGGAUCAGCUGACAUAUGGCCUCUUGAUCCACUUAAUGGAUACUGGUAUAGAGUUGAAACCAAUUAUGACCACUGGCUACCCGCCCCUAAACGAGACGACCGAAGAGAUGUGGCCAUGAAAGCACUGAAUGCCACUGGUCAAAACCAUAUUAGUAUGGAUUCUCUGUAUCAGGUUUUAUCCAUGGAUCCAGUAUGUAAUAGGAUCACCGUUUAUACAGCCGUCAUGAGUGCCGCCACUCCUGAGAAGUACACAACAGUUGUCAGAGAUAUCUGUAUGUGAUGGAAUGACUCGUUCCCUUGACCAGCUCAGCCAUAAUUUUCACACAGCUUAGUUGUGAACUACCCAACAACUUCUGUUUCUCUUCUGCUUUUCACAAUGGAAAUGAGUCGUAUUUUAAUAUCUAAAAAGUAGUGCUGCAAGAUAUUGUGAUAAAGCCUAUAUCCUGUUUCAAUAGGGAAAAUACUUGAUUUUUUAAUUGAUGACUUGAAUAGCUAUAUUUGGAAAGAAUCAUGAAAAAAAUUACCAAUAUCAGCACAACUGCAAAUGUAUAACUGAUUUUAAUAACUGUUUAAUAAAUAAGAAGUUAAUAUUAAGUGACUUAAUAUUACUAGAAAUAAUAUUGGCUAUUUUUGCUCUAUUUUGUCAACACACAAAUGUAUACUUCUGUAAUAUAUUAAAGCAAGCCCCAAGAAGCUGUGGUUUACAGUGAAUUUAUAACAGCUAAGGGGCGUUGUUAGGCACGGUGCGGAGCGCCUUUAUAAUACUGCAUGCAUUACUGAACGUUUAUAAGACAUAUAUUUAUACAUUAAGAACAUAUAUGAUGGAUUCUCUCUCUUCUACAUGUAAUACACAAUUGAACUGACUGUACUGAA